AUGGCCAACCCCACCGGCUUCGACAUCAGCGAAUUCAAGGCCGCCGCCUCGCCCCGGUCGGUCUGGGCCAAGAGAGAUCCCUGGGCUCGAUAUGAAGCAUGGCGGUACAACGGCCCCUUCAGCCGUUUCAACCGCUUCAAGCGGAUCUUCCCCGGCCUCGGUAUCGCCAGUGUUGCGUUCGCCGGCUACUGCGCAUACGAGCACUUCUUCCUGAAGGACGAGCACCACCAUUAG